UGAGUGUUUACCAUUUCCCAAAAAUUGUAGUACAUUUGUCCUGAUAUUUUUAAAGAUUCUUUCUUCAUAUAUUUAUAAGAAUUCAUCUCAAUUAAUUUUACAAUCAGAUUUUGUAUAAGUGAAUAACAUAUCCCUAUUGUUAGUUGUAACUUAGUUACUCUUCUAUUAAAAACUUGGAUACAUGAUUGGUUUUACAAAUGAAUCCAAUUCAUUCUUCUAAUGGAAGAAAACUCAGCAAAUGGAACGAAUUAUAUUUCAUUGCAGCCAUUCAUUCACCAAGUCGGUGGUCACUCCUCCCUCCUCUGUCUUGAUGAAGAGACAAUCUGUAAACCUGUUAUUGAUCGUGAACAACUUUUCUACGAAACUAUACCAGAAAGUCUCAAGUCAUUUGUGCCCGUGUAUUAUGGCAUCGUUAAAGUCCGCCUGAUUCAAGAUGGAGAUUACAUAACCCUCUCUGCAACAACUCCUGCAAAUUACAAGCUUAAACCCUCCGAAAAUUUAAAACAGCUCAGAGUUCGACGCAAUGGCAGUAUAGAGGUAGACAGCUUGUCAGAGGAAAUGGUGUUCGAUGCUUCUGAUGUUUCGGCUUCACUCAACCCGUGGGUGCUCAAAUGUCACAAAGAGUAUAUUACACAUCUCACUUCUCGCAUGGAGGACAUGCAAGGACCUCUUAAAUUUAUUGUUUUGGAGAAUCUAACAUGGAGGUUUAGGCUCCCUUGUAUCUUGGACUUGAAAAUGGGUACAAGACAAUAUGGGGAUAAUGACACGCUAGAGAAAAGACAAAGUAAGAUGGUGAAAGUAAUUUCGACGACGUCGGCAAAGCUAGGGGUCAGGAUAGCUGGAAUGCAGGUUUAUCAGGCAUCUUCUGGCAGAUUUCUUUGUCGCAACAAACUGUAUGGUCGGACAUUGACCACUGCCGGGUUUCAAAAUGCUGUGCGCAACUUCCUCCACGACGGCACGCGGCUACGCACGGACGCGCUACCUCCGCUGAUUCGACGGCUAGAGGAGCUACGCAAUGUUUUGACCGGCCUAGACUCGUUGAGGCUCUACACUACGUCACUGCUACUGCUGUACGAGGGACAUCGCAGUAUCAACAGUAACGAGGUGGCAGGGCCGGGCCAGCAGACGACGGAGCAGAGCGGGACCGAGACCCGAGCGACAAGAGCCAGCAGUGAGGACAGACUACUCUCUCCCCCCUCACCAGACUUCAGGUGUCGCAGCGUCAGCUGCAACCCUCGUGAUCGCAAACCACCUGUGGGAGUUGUGGGGGAAGAACCAUUGACUGAUGUAAGAAUUAUAGACUUCGCUCACUCUACGCACGCCACCAUGGAUGACAAGGUGAUUUAUUCUGGUCCGGACAACGGUUUUCUGCUUGGACUCAACAACAUGAUUCAGCUUCUCAAGUCAAUACUAGCCGACCCUCCCAGUAACUAGCUAGAUCCACACAGUUCCUCAUAAAAUCUUUAAGGGUUUACAGUCAAUAGUGGUAGAAAAACGACUGAUUGUUUAUACAGAAUUUAAUAAAUAGCUCGCAAUAGUGUAGAAAUCUUUCUAUGUUGGUAUUUAACAAUAUGUAUAUUAACGGGUCAUUAUGUUUAUGUCCUCGUUGACGCCAAGGUCAAUUUGACAUCGAAAAGUGACGUAUACUUCUUGCAAUUUAGUUUCUCUCGCUUGUGUUAAUUUUAAUAUGUGAUUGCAGAAUUUAAUAUUUAAAAAAUCAGAGUCUUUUCUAGUCCUCUAUUUUGUUAGGGCAUGAUAAACUACAAUAAUGUAAGACUAAAUUACUUACGUAAUUCCCGUCACAGCUCAAUGAAAUAUGUCAA